AUGAGUAGCCUACUAUAUUCUUUGAUAGCCCUCGUUUUGUGGGGUAUACAGCGCUCAUACGGACGAGUCCUCUCCCAGCCCACUCAACGACCACGCGAGGCAGACCGUGACCGACCACUUGUGCAAACUCGCAUGGUAGAGAUCCCUGAGCUCAGACUCAGACAGUUGGCAAAGCGUCAACAAACCAGCCUCUCAAACGCUGUCUUUACCGUCACAAUAGCCACAGAUGAAACAUGCGGUUGGCUGUCAGGGUCUCCGGGGAGCCCGAUUACUUGCCAGAACCAUCAACCCUGCAUGUGGGCUGGUUCACUGGGCAUAAUCUGCGGCGUGCCUGACAAGCCAAAUGACUGGGAGGUUCAUGUCAGGUGUGUUGAGAGGGCAGUGGCAUUGAACACGGCCCUUUGCAACGAUGUCUGCGAAUCCAACAGCUUCUUCCUUCGCUGCACCGACUCUUCGGCCGCUUAUUGUCGAACGUAUGCCUACCCAGAGGGAAUCGUGGACUUUAGAUGUGCACCGACGCCCGUGGCCAGAGUUCAAAGCGUGUCUUUUACAUACGAUGGCCAACACGACGCCGGGUUUCUCACUUCAACCUACACCGAUAUCAACUCACAAGCCUCAUCGACGAAACCGGUUUCUUCCACCACAUCGCAUCCGCCUCCGCUUCCGCCUCCCCCUUCUCAUACAAACCAUAGCAAUACCGGAGCCAUUGUCGGUGGUGCGGUUGGAGGUUUCGUGGCAGUGUCGCUCGUGGCAUUUGCCAUCUUCUGGUUUGUUCGACGACGGAAGACUGCCCAUGCCCAGCAAGUCGCUCCUCCAAUGGAGGGUGCUCCGGUGGAACAGGGUCCACCAAAUGGGGCAGCGCUGAAUGCUGCAAAGGCGAGCCCAAGUCCAAGUUCCGCGGUGCAGUCCGAGUGGCGAGACUCGAUGAUGACUGUGUUGAGCCCGGGCAGCAAUCCCACCUCGCCUCAGGCAUGGCUGGAUCAACCAGUGUCACCGGGUGAUCAGAGUGUUUUGUCUGAAGGUGUAUCGCCGCCUGUAGCUCAUGAAAUGAGCGGGGGUUCCGUUCAACCUCGUGUCUACGAAAUGUCCGGAGACCCUGCCCAUCCGCAAGUCUAUAGAACGAUGGGGGAUCGUGCCCAUCCUCGGGUCUACGAAAUGACAGGAGACAAUUCUUAUUUUCGGACCUAG